CCUCCCGUUAGUCACCAUGGACGCUCAAAAGGGGGUAGCUGGUGUGGAUUUCUAAACUAAGUUAUCGGACAGUUCUGUGACGAACCACGUCUAGAGGCGGUCGCCAGUCUUAACCUGUACACAACUGUUAUGAGUUAGCCUUGUUCAGGCUGAAAUGCAAGUUAUGUACGCCAAUGGAUUGUCGUCACACCGUGGAUUUUAUUUCCAAUACCUCAGCAGCUUGGAUUUACAACACUGUAGGACGAUGGGAGUACUAGCCUGUUAGCCCGCUAACAAGGCAGAGCAGCUACAACAAGAAAUUUGCCGAGCAGCUGGCAUUUGUUUCAUUUGAUCACCGAAGAGUUCUGUCUUAAUUCAAGUGUAUCGUGUGAUCGCUGAUCGAACUGUGUAAACUUUCGACGGAGAAUAGACUUACCGACCGCUUGGCAUUUCUUCUGUCGCGGAAAAGUGGGAGUCAAUCCAGACCGUGGUCGCGAGAGUGGCCUGGAAAUCUGUCGGGAAUUUGAGUUCGCAAAUGAAAGUGUGGGGAACUUUAAAAGACAGAGUAACGUCGCAAGAGACGUUUUCCUUUCUGAAGGCGGCCGCGUCCUUGAUCUAAGUGAUAAUCUAUCAUGGCAUCUUUUGUAGACAAUAGUUUUCGUCAUGCAGUAAUAAAAAUCCCGGCGGAGAGGACGCAACAGGAUCUCCAGAUUGUGUACUCUUAUCUGCAUGGGAUGGAAGCACUGUCCAACCUGAGAGAACACCAGCUCAGGUUAAUGUGUGAAACAGUCCGAUAUGAGCAGCAUGAGGCCAAUGAAGUUCUCUACUAUCCUGAUGACAUUGGGAGCUGCUGGUACAUUUUGCUGUCUGGAUCGGUCUUCAUCAAAGAAUCCAUGUUUCUUCCACGCAGCAGCUUCGGGAAGCGCUCUGCGGGCAGUGCAAGGAGAGGCUGUGAGUGCAUCGUUCUGGAGCCAUCUGAGAUGCUAGUGGUGGACUACGUGGACGAGAGUGAAGUGUACUUCCAGCGCCAGGCGUCUCAUCGCCAGUCCCGCCGCAGGUUCCGUAAAAUCAACCAGAGUGGGGAACGAGAGACCAUCAUCGACACCGUGGAGCACGAUGACUACCCCCUCAGCAGCAGCAAGCCCCCCCUACCCCCCACCUACCACUCAGAGAGCCCCAAACAACAGCUGGCAGUGGAUUUCUCUAAGCUCCACCUCUCCGAGAGUCUCCACCCCCAUCUCACCCGCUCCAGCCAAUCAGCAUGCAGCUUCACCAGCGAGUCUGGCAGCAGCAGCCUGUCAGACAUUUACCAGUCGACAGAGAGCGAGUGUGGAGAGUUGGACCUGAGUGGGCUGCCGGAGACAGCAGUGGACUCGGAUGAGGAAGAGGAGGACGACGAAGAGGAAGACGUCAGUCGCUCAGCCGAUCCGCUCAUGAGCAGAGAUGUAGUGAGGGACUGUCUAGAGAAGGACCCCAUGGAUCGCACAGAUGACGACAUCGAGCAAUUACUGGAGUUUAUGCAGCAGCUGCCAGCCUUUGCCAACUUGAGUGUGUGGGUGCGCAGAGAGCUGUGUGCCGUCAUGGUGUUUGCAGUGGUGGAGCGCGCGGGCACUGUGGUGCUGAACCAUGGAGAAGAGCUGGACUCGUGGUCAGUUAUUCUGAAUGGGUCAGUGGAGAUUCUGUACCCUGAUGGCCAGAAUGAGGCUUUGUGCAUGGGAAGCAGCUUUGGUGUGACUCCCUCCAUGGAGAAGGAGCUCAUGGUGGGAGUGAUGAAGACCAAGGUGGACGAUUGUCAGUUUGUGUGCAUCGCUCAGCAAGAGUACUGCCACAUUCUCAACCGUGUUGAGCUGAACACGCAACGUGUGGAAGAGGAGGGGGAGAUCGUCAUGGUCAAGGAACACCGCGAUCUCGACCGGACAGGAACCCGAAAAGGGCACAUUGUCGUCAAGGGCACGUGUGAGCGCCUGAUGCAGCAUCUGGUGGAAGACCACUCGGUGGUGGACCCCACCUAUAUCGAGGACUUCCUGUUGACCUACCGCACCUUCCUGCCACGCCCCCUCAGCCUUGGACACAGACUACUGGAGUGGUUUAAAGAGCCCAGCCUGCGAGACAAGGUCACCCGCGUGGUGCUCAUGUGGGUUAAUAAUCACUUCAGCGACUUUGAGGAGGAUGACGCCAUGAGCGGCUUCCUGGAAGAGUUUCAGAGCUGUUUGGAAAGAGAGAAGAUGACGGGCCACCUGCGGCUGUUGAACAUCGCGUGUGCGGCUCAGGCCAAGCCUCGCGUGGUGUGUGUGUCCCGCGCCGCGCGCGACUGCCCCCUGCCCUUCAGCCUGCUGGGCGGAGCCGAGAGAGGAACGCGCCUCUUCAUCAGCGCCGUGGAGGUGGGCAGCAAUGCCGAGGAGGCGGGCCUUAAACGAGGAGACCAGAUUCUGGAGGUGAAUGGCCAGAGUUUUGAGAACCUGCUGCUGUCGAAAGCCAUGGAGAUCCUCAAAGGCCAGCUGCAGCUCACAAUGAGUGUCAAGACCAACCUGCUAGUGUUUAAGGAGCUGGUUUCCAGAGUGUUAGAGGAGAGGAGGAGUGGAGUUCCGCACCUGCCAAGGUGGUGAUCUUGGAAAGAAUCGGGCUCUCUGUUCAGUUCUGGCGUAAUUAGGGGUGGAGGUCAAGAGAAGGUCAACAGGAAGGCUAAAGCUCACACAGUAGGCGGCCGCAACAAACUCCUCAAGAUUCUGGACAAAACUCGCAUCAGCAUCUUGCCACAGAAGCCAUACAGUGUGGGUCAGUCCCAGGAUGACAGCAUAGUGGGUAUGAAGCAGUCCAAACACGUGUCGUCCAGUUUGACAGCCAGCGGAACCCUGUCGCCAAGCAACCCUGACCUGCAGAACCAGCAAGUAGCUAGUGAGCACACCAACUGCCAAUCAGAGCAAGACCAGGUGCUGCGUGUGUUCAAGGCUGAUCAGCAGAGCAGGUACCUGAUGGUAACCAAGGAGAGCACGGCGAGGGAGGUGAUCAAUCAUGCGAUGAGAGAGUUUGGUCUGAGCACGCCCCCUGAAGCCUAUUCGCUGUGUGAGGUGACUGUCACGCCUGAGGGCGUGACCAAACAGAGACGGCUUCCUGAUCAGCUCAACAAACUUGCUGAUAGGAUUCAGCUCAGUUCCAGGUACUAUCUGAAGAGCAACACUGAGACGGAGACUCUGUGCUCGGACGUGGAGGCUCAGGAGCUGCUGCGGGAGUCCCAGGUGUGCCUGCUCUCGCUGAGCUCCGAGGAGCUGGCCAAUCAGCUGUCGGCGCGCAACUACCUGCUCUUCUCCAGCAUCCACCCGGUGGACUACAUCCUGGACCUGUUCAAGCUUCGCCCGGGCGACGCCCACUCCACCGCCAACCUGCACCAGUUCGAGGACCUCAUCAACCAGGAGACCUUCUGGGUCGCCACGGAGAUCGUCAAGGAACCCAACCAGGUGCGGAGGGCAAAGGUCAUCAAGCAGCUCAUCAAGGUGGCGGCGCGCUGUCGAGAGGUCAACAAUUACAACUCCACCUUCAACAUCAUCAGUGGGCUGAAUCUGGCCCCCGUGUCUCGACUAAGGGGGACUUGGGAGAAGCUACCUGCUAAGUAUGACAAGCUGCUGUCCGAGCUGCAGACUGUGUUUGACCCGUCGCGCAACAUGGCCAAAUACCGCAGCCUGCUCAACACGCCGCCCACACAUACUCUCCAGCCCCCGGUCAUACCGCUCUUUCCGGUCAUCAAGAAGGACCUCACCUUCCUGCAUGAAGGAAAUGAUUCAAAGGUUGAUGGUUUGGUGAACUUUGAGAAGCUCCGCAUGAUCGCCAGAGAGAUCCGCCAUGUGGGUCGCAUGGCCACCGUCUACACAGACCCCACACUCCUCUACAGGACUAGGAAAAAGAAGUGGAGGAGUCUGGGGUCCUUGAGCCAGACGGGCAGCUCGACGGUGCUGGACAUGGCCAUGAUGGGGCAGAAGAAACGCAGCCGUAGGGGCUCGUUCCUGGGGGCCAAGCGCCUGUACGAGGAGGAGCUGAUGAUGCGGCGCGUGCGCCAGUACCUGAGCACCCAUGUGCACGUGCCCCAGAGCCCCGAGGAGCUGCUGCACACACUCUCCCUGCAGUGGGAGCCCGCCGCGCAGCCAGUGUCUAAGAGUUCAGGCGAGAGGAGGACUGUUGACUCCUCACCUGCCAUGCCCCGAAGUCCCACCCCUCAAGCCUCACACACACACCUGGCCCGAAGGAGAUCCUCAAAUAAAGAAACGUUUGGUGCCAAGUCCCCACAGCCCCUGCAGAAGGUCCUCAACCACUCUGAAGAGGGGCGGAGUCAGCAGAAGAGCCAGGUAGAGGGCAGCCAAUCAAACGCUUCGUCACUGCUCUCCUCUCCACCUGUUUCACCACAAAGCACACCACGCAGAGGUGUGUAUCCCAGCUCAGAUGUGGACCAGUACAGUCUCCUCAGCUCCUCGUCCUGUGACCUGAUGGAGGACGUGCGAGGUCCACACGCCCACGUCCACAUCAACAUGCCCGCACACACGCAGUCCGCCAGCAACAUCCUCUCUACCGCCAGGACAGAGCCUGACCAGAUCAGCCUGGGCUCCUACUCUCUGUCUCAGGACCAGUGUGAUCGUGCAUCACUGGAUGCCGCUGACAGUGGCCGCGGAAGUUGGACCUCCUGCUCGAGUGGUUCCCAUGACAACAUCCAGAGCAUCCCGCAGAGGUGUUGGGACACUUUGUCCGAAGGUGCAGGAGGUGUGCGGGGCUACUGGACCACACCCACUGGUUACUGGGGAGACGAGCUGGAGGGGGAGACGGGAACAAUCAAGCGCCGUGGUAACAAGCCUGUCAUAGGUCACAGAGAAGGGCGUUUCCGUGAGCCCCCGCCCACUUCAAGUUGCUAA